AUGCAGGUUAAAAACCAGAUCUGCACAGAGCGGAGCAGCACCGACGACCCGGAGCAGGAUGACAACCAGAAGAAGACCUCGUGUUUUUCCAACAUUAAGAUUUUCCUGGUGUCGGAAUGUGCGCUCAUGUUGGCACAGGGCACAGUGGGCGCCUAUCUGGUAAGUGUUCUGACCACUCUGGAGAGACGUUUCAACCUCCAGAGUGCCGAUGUGGGCGUCAUUGCCAGCAGCUUCGAAAUUGGCAACCUGGCCCUCAUCCUGUUUGUCAGCUACUUUGGCGCCAAGGCCCACAGACCCCGCCUUAUUGGCUGCGGCGGGAUUGUCAUGGCGUUGGGGGCAUUACUGUCAGCCCUGCCAGAGUUCCUGACUCAUCAGUACGAGUAUGAGGCCGGGGACUCGUGGCACGCUGAGGAUGGCAGAGAUGUCUGCUCUAACACCUCCAGGUCAGAAAACCGAGACUCUGGGUUUAAAUGUGGCAACAGGGCCAACACCAACAUGAUGUACCUUCUGCUGAUUGGAGCCCAGGUUCUGCUGGGCAUUGGAGCCACACCUGUCCAGCCUCUGGGAGUGUCGUACAUCGAUGACCAUGUUCACAGGAAGGACUCCUCGCUGUACAUAGGUAUUUUAUUUUCAACGUUAGUGUUUGGCCCAGCCUGUGGCUUCAUCUUAGGUUCUGUCUGUACCAAAGUCUAUGUUGAUGCUGUUUUCAUCGACACCAGUAAGCUGGACAUCACCCCAGAUGACCCUCGCUGGAUCGGGGCGUGGUGGGGCGGCUUCCUCCUCUGCAGUGCCUUACUCUUCGUGUCGUCCCUCUUCAUGUUUGGCUUCCCCCAGGCGCUGGAUGAGCAGGACAUGGACAGUGGGGGGGAGAGUGAGCAGGCCAUGCUGCCUUCUUCCCUGAACCUGGAGUACCAGGGCUCUAAACCCAACGGGGCCAUUCACGGGUUUGAUAUAAAUAGCGGACUCACAGUUUGUGAGCAUCUGAGAGUAAUCCCCCGGGUAACCAGGCACCUUCUCUCUAAUCCGGUGUUCAGCUGCAUCACGCUGGCAGCCUGCAUGGAGAUCGCUGUGGUUGCUGGCUUUGCUGCCUUCCUGGGAAAAUACCUGGAGCAGCAGUUCAACCUUACCACCUCCUCAGCUAAUCAGCUGCUAGGUAUGACGGCCAUCCCCUGUGCCUGUCUGGGUAUCUUCCUUGGCGGGCUGCUGGUGAAGAAGCUGAACCUGUCAGCCCUGGGCGCUGUCCGCAUGGCCAUGCUUGUCAACCUGGUGUCCACCGCCUGCUACGUCUCUUUUCUCUUCUUGGGCUGUGACACCGGACCUGUCGCCGGGGUUACAGUCGCCUACAGCAACGAGACGUUGCUGUCCUGGCAGCGACCUGAGUCAGCGUGCAUCAAUAACUGUAACUGCUACACAGCAUCAGUGAGCCCUGUCUGUGGUUCCAAUGGAGUCACCUACCUCUCAGCCUGCUUUGCAGGCUGCACCAAACCAAACCUGACCAGCUGUACGUGUAUAUCCAGCACCAGUGAAGAUGCGGUGGCUUUACCAGGAAAGUGUCCCAGUCCAGGCUGUCAGCAGGCCUUUCUCACCUUUCUGUGUGUUAUCUGCGUGUGCAGUAUGAUCGGAGCUAUGGCCCAGACACCCUCUGUCAUCAUCCUUAUCAGAACUGUAAGUCCAGAGCUUAAAUCCUAUGCCCUUGGAGUCCUGUUCUUGCUCCUGAGACUGAUAGGCUUCAUCCCUCCCCCUCUAAUCUUCGGCAUGGGUAUCGACUCCACGUGUCUGUUCUGGAGCACUGUCUGCGGUGAGAAGGGAGCCUGUAUGCUGUACGACAAUGUGGCCUACAGGCAUCUGUACGUCAGCAUCGCCAUUGUCCUCAAGUCUUCAGCCUUCAUCCUGUACACCACCACGUGGCAGUGUUUGAGAAAGAACUACAAGAAAUACAUCAAGAACAGCGAGGGUUAUCUCACACCCACCGAACUCUUUGCCUCUAAUGUGACUCUAGACAAUCUGGGCAAGGAGAUCACCCAGAACCCAGCCAACAGGACAAAGUUCAUAUACAACCUGGAGGACCACGAGCUGUGUGACAACAUGGAGUCUGUAUUAUAGUGGUGGUCUGCACUGGGACUAUAGACUGGAGCUGAGGCUGUUAAAUUCCAACUGAUUUGAUGUGCGAUGUUCCGUUGGUGUCAUAUCAGUUUAGAAGAACGUUCUCAGUAAAAGUCUUAUCUUCUUGGCAAACAAAACAUCAGAUAUAACGAAAAAAACAAAGAGUUUCCCAAAAACUCUAUAUCCACAUUGCACUCAUUUUUGUACAUUUCUUUCAGUUGUUUUGGGGCAGUUUUUCCUAAAUUUGACAGCAGAAUAUAAAUUGACAGCAAACACGGGGAAAGAAAGGAGGAAUGACAUGCAACAAAUGUCCCCUGCCACCGCAGAUAAUGCAUCAUACCACUAAUCCACCAGAAUGCCCCUGAAAGGAUCUUUUUUAGUUCAACAUUUCAAUUAAAAUUGCAAAUUUAGAUAUGUUACGAGACCAGAACUCAUUGACAAGCAGAAAUUUUGGUUAUUCAUAAGCUUUAUUAGACAGUUUAUUUUCCUUUAGAAGGAAGUACUUCUCAGGUCCGGAUGUCAGAUAGAAAGAAUGACAGCAUGGUUGUUCAUCAUUAGAUGAUGCAUAUAUAUUGGCUCAUGGUUGGAGCACUUUUCCAGACAUACAGAACAUACAGUCAUAACUACUACGCAACCCUACAGACUUACAAACUGACUGAUGUGUUCCCUCAAGUUUAAUAUAACAAACACGGGAAACGAUACAUUGGAGAGAGAUGCAUUGACAACAGGGGCCCUAGUAGGCACAUCACUCAAGGAAAACCAACAAAUCAGCAACAGCAAGAAAUAAGAGUACAGCCCCUUGAAUAGGUGUAAUCCCUCUAUUUGAGAAUAAUAGAAGGGUUAGACAAGACACACAUGAGGAUAAUUCAGUGUCUGAACGUGUAACAUUUCAGUUACACAAAUCUCUCUAACCAGUGAUUUGACCGAACCACCAUUAUAACUCUGCCAGGUAGACUCAUGUCAAUGGCAAGUGGAGACAGAAAUACAGUUUGACUUGGUGGUGUAAUUCUACUCUUGGGGACGCCCCCUGCAGCAGUAAUGCAUGGAAUACAUAGCAACAUGAUAAAUAACAAGCUGGGAACAUAGCAAAUAAAACUCUCCAGAGUUCAUGUAUGUAGUAGUGCCAAAGCAGGCUGAGGCUGUGGGGGAGGAGGCCUUCACUAAUAGAAUCAGUAACAGCAGCAAAGCUCACAGGAGCGUACAUGCUGAGAGUGUGAAGGCAUUUAAGUAGAGCGCCAAGUCAAGGAAGUGAGACAUGAUGAUCGUGGUGGGCUAGCUGUCAGGAGACACAGCAUAGCAUGACGCACAGUGUCCAGCCAGAAUUAGUUCAUUUAAAAGCAUGUUGGUAAUGCAUGCAGUAAUUAAAAAAGAAAUAUUCAGUAUGUCACUAAGAUGCACAGACUCCGUGGUUUUGUGGCCAUGAUAAUGGUUAAAUACAUAUUUAACUCGAAUGGCUUCCAAAUUAUAUUUUAGACCACGGAAAAGCUUUAUAAUGCAUACUGCAUUGUGAUGUUGACCACUUUUAGCAAACCUCAGCUGACUCAUAAUCACUCACACUGCAGUGAUUGUCUAAACAUAGUUUUUUUCAAAUUGGUUUUUAUUUUUUUAGGAAUUCUAUAGGAUUCUGAUUUUUGACAUAUCCAGUUGAUAUAGAGAAUAUAUUCUUUUUUUCUGGCUUACUUUGUAAGUAUUUAAUAUGUUUUGCAUCAAAAAUGUGGACCUUUAUUGAGCUACUUACCUUUACCAUAGAUUUUAUUUCCAAAAUGUAUAAUCCCUUUGAUGUUGGGUGUUAAAGGAGUAGUUGUACAUUUUGUGAAAUAUGUGUAUUCUCUUUCUUGUCGAGCCAUUUAGCUUAGCUUAGCGUAAAGACUGGAAAUAGGGGGAAACAGCUGCCAUGGAUCUGUCCAAAAGUUAAACAAUCCACCUAUCAAGACCUGUAAAGCUCAGUUAAUAACAUGUUUUAUUUCGUUUGUGUAAUCCACACAAAAACCAAAGUGUAAAAAGCAACAGAUGGGGGGUUACUCCAGGAAGUCACUGUGCACCGCCAAGAUAUGGU